GGUAUACUAGUCCAUAAAAGCAUAACCCCUCUCGCAGCUCCAACAAACGCCGUCCCAGGAAGUCAGCCAUUGUGCAACCUGCGCCAAAUCCAGACCAAUACAGUAGGAGACAAGAGGAAGGGGCAGACCAAUAUGGGCAACGCCGGGAGCACAGCUCCUGCAAGUUUAGGAGAGACCCAUGUUCCACAUUUAAGAUGGAAGGUUCAUGACUUCUCAGCGCUACUUGAGACGAACGCUGCAUCGGCAGUCUCCUCUGCUUUUGAAUGCUCUGGGUACAGGUGGUUCCUGCGAGUGACUCCAAAGCACAAACAAGGUGUUAUGGGAAAUCCAUAUGUGGCUCUUUCUCUCGAGAUAUACCACGCAUGGUUGGAGCAAGUUCACACAGUGCAUGCAGUAUUCGAGUUGUCAAUAUUCAACCAUUCAAAAGGAGAGUAUUGUGGAUGCAAAGCUAGCUACAACUUUGAUGUCAAGAAUACCUACUCGAAGCCGCAUUGCUUGAUUCCUCUUCAGGAGCUACUGAAAUCAUCUGCUUUUCUAGUUGAUGAUAGCUGUGUCUUUGGUGUGGAGAUAUUAAAAAUCGAUGUCUCUUCUCCUGAAAAGAAGGAUGUUGUGGUUCAGAAGAAGGCUACCACAGUUCAGAAUCUCUUUAUCCAGAAGAAAGGGUUCAUUAAAGGGACAUACACUUGGACCAUGGAUAAUUUCCUUGAAUUGGACCUGAAGCACUCCGUCCGCUCUCCUACAUUUGAAGUUGGCGGACUUAAAUGGUACAUCCGUAUGUAUCCACGUGGUGACAAGCACAGUAAUGAUUGCCUCAGCUUGUACUUAUCCCUGGAUGACUCGGUUGAGCUCCCUUUGGAGUCUGCCAAGGUGGUUGAAUUGACACUAUCCAUCCUGGACCAAAAGAAUGUGAAACACCGGACUGCAACUUCAGGUCUCUGGGUAUGUGGACAAGGACAUAAAUUAGUAUGUGUACAGGGAAUGGGAUCGUCUGACUUCUUUGGACUCAAGGAACUCAAGGACCCGUCUGGAGGGUAUGUUGUGGGAUCGAGCUGCGUUGUGAAGGCAGAUCUCACCAUCGUCGGUUCAUCCAAUGAUGGCUAGAUCUUUACCUCAUGGCCCGAAGAAGAAAUAAUGCACCUUCAUCCUAGCAGUUAGAGUUGUAUAUAUGAGAUGGUGUUGUGAGCUUAACUGAUGUUCUUAUGUUCACAAGGAGUCCAGAAAUGAUUUCUAGGUAUAUUGUCUGUGAUAUUAUAUUAUUUGGAAAUACUUCAAUGUUUGUCAGUUGAUGAGUUCCGUUUGCAUGUUGUGUGGUUCCAUGAUCCUAUUUUCAUGGCCUCAUGCAUUCAAACAUCGGCCCACAAAAGGUUAACUGCCA